UUGGCGCGCGAGGCCAUGUUGACGGAACAGCUGUUGUCGCUACAAAUCUUUUAAUUCUCGUAUUUUAAUUUUUACGUGCUGUGGACAAAAAAAAACGCUUAUGUCAAUAUAAAUAAUGUUAUUAACAUGUUAAUAUGUUUUUAUUAACUAAUAUCAUACGUAAGAAUUCGUACAAAAUGUUUAAAGAAUAGUAAACAACAAUGGCUUGUGGUAUGGAAAGUUAUGCGUGCAGUGACAUUACGACAUUGGAAGAACGGGAGUUUAAUGCGAAAUGGAGCAGGUUUUCCGAUUGGCUUCAUUGCAUUUGUGUUGUAACAUUCGACUUGGAACUCGGACAGGCGAUGGAAAACGUUUAUCCCCCGGGCGUGAAAUUGACAGAUCAGGAGAAAUGCAAUAUUUGUUAUUUAGCUUUUCCCGAUUCGAAUUCUGGUUGUAUGGGAGACACCCAGUUCCACGUUAAAUUGCGUUCCCUUGCACCUCUCACGCGACAACAAUUACGUUAUAACGAGGAAAGUGUGCCAACGCUUCGGGCCGAUUCAACGCAUUAUUGGGGCUUCGUAUAUUUCCGUCAAGUAAAAGAUCCAUCUUUACCAAGAGGAUAUUUCCAAAAAAGUAUAAUAUUGCUAACGCGGCUGCCAUUCAUAAAUUUAUUUUAUAAGGUUAUUCAAUUAAUAGCACCCAAACACUUUGAAGAUGGAGAGAGAAGUUUGGAGGCUGCUUGCCAUGAUAUAAAUAGAUGGCCGAGACUUGAUGCCGGACAGAAUACAUUACUGCCUGUAUUAGGAAGUGUAUUUCAGUCAUAUAUACCGAAUCAACAAACCGGAAAAGUAUCAAGGUCAGACAUCAUUAAGCAAGUGCAUUCUCCGAAUGUGCCUCACAUAUUGGUAUCAAUUCAGGAUGUUAAUGUCUUUGAUGCUCUAUCUAGUCUAAUAUCACAUCUACAUUUAUUAUGGGAGCUUGUUUUAACAGCCGAGCCUAUAGUUGUCAUGGCUAGUUCACCGACAGAAUGUUCAGCUUUAGUGCAAGCUUUGACAUAUCUCAUUCAACCUUUGCCAUAUUCAGCAGAGUACAGACCAUAUUUCACAAUACAUGAUAGUGAAUUUAAAGAAUUCACUCGUAAGCAAUUUAACCCACCUUGCGUAAUAUUAGGUGUUACCAAUCCAUUCUUUACAAAAACAUUGCAACAUUGGCCUCACACUAUAAAAUUAAGUGAUACAUCUAUCAAGACCAAGUUACGGAAAGUAGGUAAUAUGAAAAACUUAGACACAGCUCCGGGGGUUUAUACUCAAUACAAACCAUUUUUAGAAAAAGAUAAAUCUAUAAUCAAAAAACUUCAUAAUGGAAUUAGGACUGACCGGCCAUCGGAAGUACAGACUGCGAUGGUAAAAAGACAUUUAUUAGAAUUGACCCAAAGUUUUAUGAUUCCAUUAGAAAGAUACAUGGCAUCAUUGAUGCCAUUACAGAAAAAUAUAUCACCUUUCCGCGCACCACCUAUCCCAAAUCCCUUUAAUCCUGAAGAUUUUUUUGCUACACUACAACAUGCUGGACCUCAUUUGACAACAGGGAUCAAAGGUGAUUGGAUCGGUUUAUACAGAAACUUUUUUAGGACACCUAAUUUCAGUGCAUGGUUCCAUGAGCGUCAUAGCAACUUGACAAAUAAGUUACAUGCAUUACAACUGGAAUCUUUGGCUGAAAGUGAUCUCAAGAAAUGGUCAGUUGGGAAAAAAGAGGUGGAAAUUGUUGAUAUGGUUUUAAAGCUACGGGAAGUUUUGAAGAGUGACCCUCCUGUGGCGGACAAUACUCGGACAUUGUUAGCGAGGAGAUUGGAGGACUUGAACUGUAUUCUGCCGGAAGAUAUGAAGUCUAUUUUAAAUGCAGCUUCGUGACAUACAGACUGCUGCACCUCAGGGCUGAGAGGUUGUAGCAACGACUGCAAAAUUCAGUUGAAGAAUACUUACUAUAGGACUGUUGCUUGUGUGUAAUAUAAUCAGCCAAAUUAUUUUAAAAAUAGUUUAUUUUCCUACACAUAGUUUACUUACACAGAGUUAUGCUAUUUUUUUAAACAACUACAAUAAUUAUAUCAUCUUUAUAAAAAAGUUGAUAUCUUCCUAAUAAUAAUCAGUCUUUCCAGUUGAAUUAAUAUUUGUAUGCCUACUUCUUGUUGAUGUGUGCUAUCAUUUUAGUUUUAAACUAAUUAGUUUAAUUGUGAUUGUAAAAAUUUAUGGAAUAUCCUUUGAGUACAUUUUAUUGAUCUCUAGUGAGUGAUUCACUAGUAAACUCGAAGUUAACCUUUUUGUAUUGGCCCAACAUUUCAGAGGUAAAGUCAGUUUGUUCCACUACUGAUGUAAUUCUGACAAUGAGCAAAUAAAAAUAAAUAUGAUUAUUGCUAAAAUGUUAAUAUGAUAUAUUUAAUAUUAUGGAGUACCACCUACAUUGCAAUAAUAAUAAUUAUUUUAGAUGUAAAUUUGGUCCAGAUAUGUUUGUAUUGUCUAUGUAUGGUCUUUUAUUAGUUCCUCGGUGAUCAUUUGAUCCCUUAUCAGUUGUUAUCAUAACACAAGAUAAUAAAUAAUUCCAAUGUCAAUUUUAUUGUUCCAUGCUAAAAUAAGAAGCUGUCAAAUCUAAAUUAGAAUAUUAAGAAAACUCUUUAAUAUCAAAUAAUACUAAUAAGGCAAAGAAAAUUAAAUAAUUAAUUGAAAUCAUUGCAACUAUAUCUUGCUAAAUUUUUAACAUCAAAAAUCAAACAAUAUGAACCAAUUUGAACCACUUUUAUGAAAAUUUACAGUAAAAAUGAUGUACUUGAGAAUUAGAUUUUGUUGUUGUUGAGUAUGAUUUACUGCGUAUAUUAUAAUUAUUGAAAUAUACUCUUCCUUUUUUAUGUUAGUAUAAUUUUAAACCAUGUUUUUAAGCAAGGUAAAUGAAUAAGUUUUAUAGAAAGUUAAAUGAAGUUCAAAUAUUUACGAAAUUUAAUUAUAUGUAAAAUUAUUAUGCCUUUGGAAUCUCUAAGAAAUGUCUGAUAUAUUUGAUAUGAAAUCCAUCCAAAUUUUAAAGUAGUUAUGAUGUGAUGAUAAACUGCAAGAAGCAAUGAUAAAGCUUAUCUCGUUUCUUUAAGUUGAUGUUUUGGAUUAUAUAAUGAUUAAAUGUUAAGUGGCUUAUCAAAUAUAUAAAAA